GAUUUACCUCCCUUCUCUGCUAGCAUUAUUCCUUUCACUCUUCGUAGCGGACUGUUGCUCAGUGUCGUCUUCGACCAUGGCUCCUCUCAAACUCAAUAUCGACUUACAAAAUGCUGCUGUCGCCAGUCUGUUGGUUAUUGAAAACUUCAAGUCAACAUCCAAAUUCUCUUGUGAUAUUGAAUACAAAAAUGUCAGUUCCAUUGAAAUAGACAGUAAAACAACUCUUGAAGGAGAUGCAUCAAUGUGUCGGUAUUUGGUUCGUUCAAAUUCAAGUCCUUUAUAUGGCUCUUCUUUGCUUGAAGCAACUGAGAUUGAUUUUUGGAUUGAUUUUGCUCAGACCCAGUUCUCUGAUGCUUCCUUUGAUAAAGAUGUUUAUCACCUAGAUAAAGUUCUGGGACCAAUUACAUAUUUAGUUGGACACCAGCUGACUUUGGCAGAUAUUUUUAUAUGGAAACAACUCCACUUCAGUAAAAGAUGGCAGCAAAUGACCCAGAAAGCAAAUGUACCCCAAAAUACUCUGCGUUUCUAUAACUUCUUAACGUCACAACAAAUUUUCCAAUCAGUUCUCAGUAAUCCUUCUCUUAAACUCGACACUCUGAAAGAAGGCCGAAAAGAAGAAGGCAAAUUUGUUGAAUUGCCAAAUGCUAAAAAAGGAGAAGUAGUAGUAAGAUUCCCUCCAGAAGCAAGUGGUUAUCUUCACGUUGGCCAUGCAAAAGCUGCUUUGUUAAAUCAAUAUUAUCAAAAAUUGUUUGAAGGACGUUUGAUUUUGAGAUUUGAUGACACGAACCCUGCCAAGGAAAGUGAUGUAUUUGAGCAGGUAAUUCUCAAAGAUGUCGAACUACUUGGCAUUAAGUAUGAUGUUCUAAGCUAUACAUCAGACCAUUUUGAUACCCUGCUUGAUCUUUGUUUGAAACUAAUCAAAGAAGGUCAUGCUUAUGUUGAUGAUACCAAUCCUGACAUUAUGAAACAAGAAAGAGAAGAAAAGAAAGAAUCAGCACGAAGAAACCAAAGCAUGGCUGAAAACUUGAAAAUGUGGGAAGAAAUGAAAUCAGGUACAGAAUUUGGAACAAAAUGUUGUGUUCGUGCUAAGAUUGACAUGAAUUCUGCUAAUGGUUGUAUGCGUGAUCCAACACUUUACCGUUGUAAACCAGAGAUUCACAUCAGAACAGGUGACAAAUACAAAGUGUACCCAACUUAUGACUUUGCUUGUCCUAUUGUGGACAGUAUAGAGGGUGUGACCCAUGCUCUUCGUACAACUGAAUAUCACGACAGAGAUGAGCAGUAUUUCUGGAUUCUGAAAAAGCUUGGUUUACGUGAACCUUAUCUCUAUGAGUACAGCCGAUUGAAUCUACAAAACACUGUUUUGUCCAAGCGAAAACUCACUUGGUUUGUGAACGAAAAACAUGUUGACGGUUGGGAUGAUCCUCGUUUCCCUACUGUUCGUGGUAUAUUAAGAAGAGGAAUGACUAUUGAAGGCUUAAAACAGUUUAUAAUCGCUCAAGGUUCUUCAAAAUCAAUAGUCAUGAUGGAAUGGGAUAAAAUAUGGGCAAUCAACAAAAAGGUUAUUGAUCCAAUUGUCCCAAGAUAUACUGCUCUGACUAAAGACAGAGCUGUUUCUGUUACUGUUAAAGAUGCAAUCCCUUCAUCAAAAGAAGUAGCAAAGCAUCCCAAGAAUGAUUCUGUUGGAACAAAGCUUGUAUGUUAUGGACCUAAUAUUAUUAUUGAAAAAGAAGAUGCUGAGUCCUUGAAAGAAGGAGAAAUUGCAACAUUCAUCAACUGGGGAAAUCUAAAAAUUGAAUCAAUUAAAAGGAAUGCUGCCGGUGCUGUAUCUAAUAUUGUUGCCAGCUUGGAUUUAGAAAACACUGAUUAUAAAAAAACACAAAAACUCACCUGGUUACUUGAUUCUGAGGAGUGUCAUUUAGUGCCUACAGUUGCAGUUACCUUUGACCAUAUCAUCUCGAAACCAUUGCUGGGUAAAGAUGAAGAUUUUAAACAAUAUGUAAACUACAAUUCUAAGAAAGAAGAACUUCUAUUGGGAGAUGCCGCUUUAGCAACUUUAAAGAAAGGAGACAUUAUCCAAAUUCAACGGAAAGGAUUUUUCAUUUGUGACCAACCUUAUGAACCUCUGAGUCGUUUCUCUGGCUUAGAAAGUCCAUGUGUCCUUUUCUAUAUACCUGAUGGUCAUCAGAAAGAGAAGUCAAAAUCUGGAGUGUGCGAUAAACAACAACAGCCUCAUCAAGAAAUCAGUGCUAAAGAAAAAGCACAAAGUAAGAAAGGAAAAUCGGCUGAAAAAUCUCCACAAGAAGAAUUCCCCCAAGUGUUUUCUAAAGAAGCAUUGGAUGUGGAUACUCAAAUCCAACAACAAGGUGCUAUUGUUCGUAAACUUAAAGAAAAUAAAACUGCCAAGCCUGAAAUUGAUGCAGCUGUGAAAAUUCUCUUAGGUUAUAAGAGUCAGUUUAAGGCUGUGAGUGGGUUUGAUUGGAAACCAGGAUGUACAAAAUCCUUUGAAGGAAAAGGUGAUGCUGCACAACCAUCAUCUCAUCCCGUUUCUAAUCAAAAUGCAUCAGACUUAAAUAAACGUAUCCAAGAUCAAGGAAAUAAAGUUCGCCAGUUGAAGUCUUGUAAAGCACCAAAGGAAGAAAUAACCGCUCAAGUAAAUAUAUUAUUAUCUUUGAAAGCUGAAUAUAAAACUCUGACCGGAACUGAAUGGAAAGCUGAAGUAUCACCUGUAAAUGGUGAUAAAGACAAACCUGCUGCUACCAUUACUGAUCCAGCCAUUGCUGAAAUAAAUCAAAAGAUUACAGAACAGGGGAAUAAAGUGAGACAACUUAAAGCUGAUAAAGCACCAAAGGAACAGGUUGAUGCAGAAGUCAAAAUCUUGCUCUCACUAAAAGCUGAUUACAAGAGUAAGAGUGGCCAAGAUUGGAAACCUCCCAAAGAAACUAAAGAGAAACAAUCAGCCCCCAAAAAAGAGAAAGCCACUGUGAAUAAAAACAAUGAAGAACAUUCUGGAAAAGAGAUGAAGAAAAUAACCAGGCUUGGACUUGAAGCCAAGAAAGAAGAAUCACUUUCUGAUUGGUAUUCUCAGGUGAUUACAAAAGCUGAACUGAUUGAAUAUUAUGAUGUCAGUGGUUGUUACAUCUUGCGUCCAUGGGCAUACAGCAUCUGGGAAGCCAUUCAUGAUUUCUUCGAUAAAGAGAUUAAGAAAUUAGGUGUUGAAAAUGCAUAUUUCCCCCUCUUUGUAUCUGCUCAAGCUCUACAAGUUGAAAAAACACAUAUUGGAGAUUUUGCUCCUGAGGUUGCUUGGGUAACAAAGUCCGGACAAAGUGAACUCGUUGAGCCUGUUGCCAUUCGACCAACCAGUGAGACUGUCAUGUACCCUUCAUACAGGAAAUGGGUUAAAUCUCACAGAGAUUUACCGAUACGGCUUAACCAGUGGUGCAAUGUUGUGCGCUGGGAAUUCAAACACCCGCAACCUUUUCUUCGCACGAGAGAAUUCCUCUGGCAAGAAGGGCACUCAGCAUUUGCUACUAUUGAAGAAGCAAAGGAAGAAGUGAUGACAAUCCUAGGUUUAUAUUCCCGUGUUUACACAGAUUUAUUGGCCAUCCCUGUUAUUGCUGGUAAAAAGACUGAGAAAGAAAAAUUUGCUGGAGGAGAUUAUACAACAACAGUUGAAUGCUACAUUUCUGCCAGUGGUCGAGCCAUUCAGGGAGCAACUUCGCAUCAUUUAGGACAGAACUUUUCAAAAAUGUUUGAAAUUCAGUUUGAGCAUCCUGAGACUCAAGAAAAACAAUACGCUUACCAGAAUUCUUGGGGUUUAACUACGCGAACCAUUGGAGUUAUGUGUAUGGUUCAUGGAGACAAUGUGGGUUUGGUACUUCCACCAAGAGUAGCAUCUGUACAGGUUGUGAUUGUUCCAUGUGGAAUAACAGCUACUUUAGAUGCUGAAAGCCGAUCCAAACUCUUAAAAAUGUGUGAAAAUAUAAAUACAACUUUGAAACAGAAUGACAUUCGUUCAAAAGCUGAUAUACGAGACAAUUACUCUCCUGGCUGGAAGUUUAACCAUUGGGAACUUAAGGGUGUCCCAAUACGUAUCGAGAUUGGUCCUCGUGAUAUGAAACAAAACCAAUUUGUUGCUGUCAGAAGAGAUACUGGUGAAAAAGUUGAGAUGGUCAAUGAUAACAUUGGCAAGAAAAUCCAAGAAUUACUAAAUAAAAUUCAAGACAAUUUAUAUGCUAACGCCAAGAAAGAACAUGAUGAACAUCUCUGUAUCUCAUAUAACUGGAAUGAUUUUUGUAACUCCCUUGAUCAGAAGAAAAUUAUCCAAUCUCCAUUUUGUGGAGAAAUAAGUUGUGAAGACAAAAUAAAGAAGGACAGUGCAAGAGAUGUAGUUGUUGAAGAAGGAGCUCCAGCGAUGGGAGCCAAAGGAUUAUGUAUUCCAUUUCAACAGCCCGCUGAACUUAAGCCUGGUACUUUGUGUAUCCACCCCGAUUGCAAAAAGAAUGCAAAAUAUUUUACUUUGUUUGGCCGCAGUUAUUAAAACCCUGUCAAACUAUUUUUCUAUAACUAUCAAUUAAAAACAAAAAUAAUCUAUAUUUAGACUGGACUCAUUUCUUUUUAACCUGAACCUCAUUAACAUAAUAACUGCUUCUGUAAUUCUCUUCUUAAAUUAAACCCUUCAUUACUGUCUCAUAUUCAAAUAAAUAUGAAUUGAAAUUUCUAAAUAUU